CGCCGCCCCCGGCGCCCUGUGCGGGCCCCUCGGGCUGGGGCUGCGGAGCCCGCGGGCCCCGGCUCGGCCGGCCGGGAAGAGGACGAUGCCCUGCGCGCCCAGGACCCUGUGGGCACAGAACUCCAACCCACCCAUGCCUAUUUCCUGUAAUGGAUGAACUUGAUGCUAAUGUGAGUUCCAAGGAGGGUUUUGGCUCAGUGGAGAAGGUGGUGCUGUUCACGUUCCUGUCGGCGGUUAUUGUGAUGGCCGUCUUGGGGAACCUGCUGGUGAUGGUGGCCGUGUGCAGGGACAGACAACUCAGGAAAAUAAAGACCAAUUAUUUCAUUGUCUCUCUUGCCUUUGCGGAUCUGCUGAGGGCCGCCCAGAAGCCCCCGAGGGCAGUGCUGGAACUGGGCCUGUGGCAGAUCCUGAGGCUGUUUCCUCUUCUCAUCUCCGCUCCUCUCCCCUCUCUCCUCCUUGCUCACGGCACCCCCCUCUGUGCUCUCCCCAGGUAUUAUGCCAUCUGCUGCCAGCCUCUGGUCUACAGGAACAAGAUGACCCCCCUGCGCAUCGCAUUAAUGCUGGGCGGCUGCUGGCUCAUCCCCAUGUUUAUCUCUUUUCUCCCUAUAAUGCAAGGCUGGAAUAAUAUCGGCAUAAUUGAUCUGGAAAGGAUGUCCAAACCAAGGCUGGGCCGGGAUUUGCAUGUGAUAGAGAAGAGGAGGUCGGGCCACAAGGCCAACGCCACGUACUGCGUCUUCCUGGUGAACAAGCCCUACGCCGUCACGUGCUCGGCCGUGGCCUUCUACAUCCCGCUGGGGCUCAUGGUGCUGGCCUAUCACCGCAUCUACGUCACGGCGGCCGCGCACGCGCGCCACAUCCAGGCGCUGCAGCGGGCGGGCGCCCCCGCGGACAGCAGGCCCGGGCCGGGCGAGCGGCACAGCGGGCCCCGCCUGCGGGCAGAGGCCAAGGCGGCCAAGACCCUGUGCGUCGUCAUGGGCUGCUUCUGCCUGUGCUGGGCCCCGUUUUUUGUCACCAACAUCGUGGACCCGUUCAUAGACUACACGGUCCCCGGGCAGGUGUGGACCGCCUUCCUCUGGCUUGGCUACAUCAAUUCGGGGCUGAACCCCUUCCUGUACGCCUUCCUCAACAAGUCGUUCCGACGUGCCUUCCUGAGCAUCCUUUGCUGUGACGAUGAGCGCUACCGGAGACCCUCCGUCCCGGGCCAGACGGUGCCCUGCUCCAGCACCACCGUCAACGGCUCCACGCACGUGCUGCGGGAUGCGGUGGAGUGCAGUGGCCCGUGGGACAGUCAGUGCUGCCCUCCGGCAAGUCCUUUGGUGGCUGCUCAUUCCAGCGGCACCUAGGCCCCUGGGCAGUGACUCAGAAGACGGCCAUCCCUCUGAGAGGGGGCCAGGUCCUAAGCUGCUGUGCGUCGUGGCUGCAUCUGGUGUCCCCUCACCCGAGCGUCCUGCCCAUCAGGGCAGGACCCAGGCUCAGGGCUUCUCCAGGAUUCCAACAGGCGACGUUCGAGGGAGUUGGGGGGCUAGAAGGCGCCCUGUUCACGGGGGGCUCUCCUCCAGAGACCCCCCCGUGAAGGGCUCUCCUCAUUUCCCAGCACGCCCUCUUCCUGGCGUCCCGCCCUGGCCUCGCACUCUCUGUUGUCCCCAGUGUCUCCUGUUCUUCUGCCCGAUUUGUCUCACUCCUGUUACGAGCACAGCCGCUCACUGUGUCCUACCUCAGCCAGACUUGUCCCCAACUGCGCCUUCUCUGCUGUGUCCACUCACAGCCCUUGUGCCUGUCUUGGUCAGAGUCGUGUACCAAAAGCACAUAUUUCCUGCUUGUUCAUGCCCAUGGCAGCCAUGCCCACACCGCCCACCAUGUGCCCUCUGUCCUGCGCUGUGCCAGACGCUGACACUGACAUGCUCUCUCCCCGGCAUCCGGCGCUGCGCGGGCGUCCUCCUGGCCAGGCCCGGGCCGGCUGCAGGCCGCCACUCGCUCUUCCUCACGCACAGGGCUGGUCUGCCUUCAGGACGCACUCCAUUUACUCACCGUGAAGAAACAAGGGCAAAGAUCUGCCAGAGGGAAGCAGUCUUUGCACUGACCUCAGAGGGAGGCGGAAGACAGGCAGCUCCCCCCGGGUGCCAUGGCCUCGGCCUUCUGCUCUGAGCUGCUCACUUUCUUGAGGGGCUGGAAUGGGGCAUCUUUUCCUAAAGAGCCUUCCGCAAGGCCGGCAGCAUAGCGUGUUCAGAGACUUUGGAAUCUCUCCCAGGAGCCUGUGGGGCAGCCGUGGUACCAGUGUACAGCCCUUGAAUCUGACCUUGCUGCUCCCAAAGGAGAAAACUGCUGGAAGCUCACACCACAGAGUCGGUCAUCGGCUGCCGUCCCCCUGACAGGGGGCAGGGCAACAGUGCGGGUGGCAGGGAAACAGCACUUGACUUGGAGUCAGGGGACCCGAACUCCAGGCCCGCCUCUGCUCCCAACAGGCUGUGAGGUCUUGCCCAGGCCCUUCCACCCCUGGACUCACUUUCUACACCUGCCAACUGCAGCUCGGACGAGAGGAUCUCUAGAAUUCCCGACCCUUCCUGGGACACAGGAUGCCACGACAGCCUUCAGCUACGCCGGGAAGCCACGGGCUGCCUGCCUCUUGAAGGAACGACCCUCCUCACGUGGGCCUCCGAGUCCCUUGACCCUGCCGGCUUUGCCCUCAGGUGGGCCUGGAUGGCAUGCAUGCAGAGCUGAGUUCAUGGCUUCUGCCAGCUGCCCGAGACGGAAGGCCCGGGGGAGUCGGCCGUGGCCCAGAGCCCUGUGAGGUGUUCACUGGAUCGCGGCUGUGAUUGUUUCUGCUGCUUAUGGAGUGUCAGUCAUCAUUUCCAUUGAUGUUUACAUUAGUUCUGGAAUUGAACUAGACAAGAGAUUUUGGAAUGAAGAAGAGAAGAUUGCCCAAAACCAUCCAAAUGCCAAAAAAAAAAAAUCUCUGUCCUAUGAAAUCUUAAUUUUAUUGGAGAGAGAGUCAUGCCUUAGGGAAGGGAAAAGACCUCCAAAGAGAAAUGCUCUUCAGAACUCCUGAGUGCUGUUGAGAAAUACGGCACCACGUGAAAAUGUCCCCUGUGCAGGCUGAGACCCACUGAGCCGCGGGGUAGGUUCCACUGGGGAAUCUAUUCUUGUCGAAUGUCAAGAACGUCCAUGUAAGUCCUGACUUGCUCCCUGACUCUGGACUGAUCCCCUUUGCUUUUCCAAGUCACCGUUCCUCUGCCGUCACAGACUGGGGCUUAGGAGGCAGGCACAUUGCGAGGACAGUCCUUGCUAACACCAAAGAGGGAGCAGCCAGGCGCUGAGUCCCAGGCCCUGGACCUGGCGGUGAGCCCCGAACUGUCUGCUCCACCUGCCGCGCCCAGCGCCCACCAGCUGCGAGCGUGCAGGAGAGAGGGACGUGGCAGCGAAGCAGAAGGCUGCCGAAUGCACUGCUCACUUACUGUGUCUCCCUGGACCACAGCUGGACUUCUCUGGCCUCUGAGAGAAUCUCCUGCCUACUUCACAAAGCUGUUGUGGAGAUAAAUUAGACUGUUUUUGCGAAAACAUCCUGUAAAUCAUAAAAUGCCUUUUUAAGUUUAUUGUUACUUUGGAUGGGUUCGGAUGCCCCCGACCUCCAGGGACUGAGAACCUCUUUGCCGAGGGCUGAAUCCGACGAGAACGGGCUUCCUGUAUUGAACACCAGUGCCGAGGAAGCGCCUUGGGGGUCCAUUCUGCCCAGUCUGCCCCACCUCGUUUCGCGGCUCCGGGCGGCCCAGCGCAGACCAGCAUCACAGAUUCGUACGUCACAAACGGUCUCAAUCGAAGGGAUCUCGUUUUCGAAGUAAAGGAAUGGAUGGAAGGUGUCGGCGGCCCUGGGCUGAUUGCUGUAAGAGUGAGCCUAGCUUUUCAUGUAAAUUCAAAGUCACAAGGAACAAAUGCAAGUGCUUUUUGCCAAAAACAUUAUUGGCAGAAAAAAAGACCUUGGUCAUUAAAAUUAUCUUGUAAACUCUCUCCCUCUCUCUCUCUCUUUAUAUAUAUAUAAUGGGAAAAAAAUAAAAAACACGGAUUAGAUAAUGAAUCACCAGCUGACAAGAAUGUUACAUAGUCUGUAAAAUACUGACCCUGAUAACUUUGAGAUUUUCCCUUUGAGAUUUUUCCUAAUUUGAUAAUCUAUGUAAAUAAUUAUUAAUUAUGGUUUAAUGUUAUUUAGCCAACACCUUAAUUUUAUUUACACUGCUAAUAAAGCAGAAUUGCUAGUGGGGCCACCAGUAUAGUUUACAAUGCACUGAGUUCCCUGGUAUGAUCAGCUAGAAAGUUCAUGUGUGCCCGUUAGAUGGAACGUGGAACUCACAUAAUGUCAAAGGGUCAUACAUGUUAAUGAUGGUCGUAGCAUUGGUUUUAUGAGAUCAUUAGUCAUGCUUCUGGUUUGAUGGUAUCAGGGUCCCCAGUUGUGAUUUGUUCCUUAGGAAAGUGUCUGUGGCUUCGAGGACCUACUUUUUGAUGGAGCUCCCAGGACUGUGUCCUGGGAGCAGCAGGAGCUUAUGGAGUCUUUGUUUUGUAAUUGAUAAAUUCUAUUUAUUGAUAAACAUUGAUAAGCAACAUGUAUGUUUAUAUUUGUGCAUUCUGUACAUGUUUAUAUAAAUUAAAAAUUUAUAUAGAUCUUAA